UGUGCCCCGUCACACCUAGACAAGCACUCUAUCACCGAGUUACAUGCCACCACAAAGUUGGGUUUUUUCUGUUAAUAAAAAUAGAGUAACUUUGCUAUGAAACUAUACAAACCAAGUUACCAGGAAGACGGUUAUCAGUCAGGUGGGAUUUUUCUCACCUACAUUCUAAGAUUGAGGAUUUCACUGGUACCUGGACACUCGAGCAUUUCGGAGGACAUCAAUGACCAGGGUUGAAACAAACAUGGAGGCAUCCUUCCUGGUGUUUGUUCUCGGUAUCAGCAUCUUAUCUGUUCAAAGUGCCUCUAUGUCAUACACCAUAACCACUCUGUGGGACAGUACACCAGUCUCGUCAGCUGAUCAUGUGAAGCUAACAUUCAGCAGUAGUCCAACUGGCCUGCAUAUUUCUGUGGAUGCUCCCUUCUACCACGACCCACCUCCUCCUGGAGGACAGCCGGGCUCUUCCUACAAUCAUCUGUAUAACUUUGAAGUUGUUGAGGCAUUCUUCCUAAAUGAUCAUAACCAGUAUCUUGAAAUUGAAUUAGCACCACAUGGUGAACAUCUUGUUCUCAUGCUUAAUGGAAGAAGACAUGCAAUUAAGAUAGGACUUCCAAUCCAGUUUACUGCACACAGACACAAACACCGAUGGACUGGCACAGCACAUAUUCCAGCAGACCUUUUCCCACCUCAAGUGACGAAAUUUAAUGCUUAUGCAAUUCAUGGCACUUCUUCAGCAAGAACAUAUCUGUCACUGUAUCCAGUUCCAUAUGGGAAGUUCACUAACCCUGAUUUCCAUAAAUUGGAAUAUUUCCAUCACAUAGAUUUCAGCAGGCUGAUUUCGAGUAAUGCAAACAGUGAGCCAUCUGCACUAUGGAAGCCUUACAUUGUUGGUUAAAAUGUCAUUUUAAAACUUUCAUAAUUAAAGAAUAAAAAUUUAAAUUUCUUA